AUGUAUAAAAAAUUCACGGACAAGGAUCUCACAAAACCUCUUCAAUUUAAAAAAGGGUUAAAACAGUUUCGCGCGCAGGAAGCUAUUCUCGCUCGAGGAGUCGGACACGUUCGCGAUCUAGGAGUCGCAGCUCUUAUUCUUAUUCCACCAGGAGCCGUUCUCGUUCUUACAGCAGGAGCCGGUCGCGUUCCAGAUCUUACUCGCGUAGCCGUUCUCGUUCUCCUAAUUAUUCUCGAAAUAUUUGGAGCCUUUGGGCGGAUUAAGCACAUUGAAUUGGCUCUUGAUGAAAAAUGGCAAACCAAUAGGGGCAUAGCGUAUAUAGAAUUUGAUACUAGACUUGAAGCAGAGAAAGCUAUCAGCUACAUGGAUGGGGUAAUGGAUCAUCAUAAUCCUUCUUUGUCCCUCGCCGUCCGCCCUCGUUACCACCACCCAGACGUAGAGGCGGAAGAUAUAAUUCUCCCCCUCCGCCACCACCUCGUCGUUUCGGGGCGAGUAGCUACCGUGCUCGUGGCAGAUCUCCGAUGCGGCGACAUUCACGAUCCAGAUCUCCCACCCGUCGUAGAAGAUCAUAUUCAUACAGCGACUCAUACAGUUCAAGGAGUCGAUCUCGAUCUCCAUACUCGAGAAGCCGUAGCAGAAGUUACACUCGUUCCAGAAGCCGUACCAGGAGCAGAAGUCGCAGUCGCCACUAACGUCGCGGAUCACUUAUGCGCCCUUUCCUUCUUCUUUUCAUGCAUUAUAUAUUCACGUUGA